CUUGUUCUUGGAAACAUAAUGAUUAUCAAAUAUACCCUUACCGUCCGAAUCAAAAGAAAAUUCAUGUCAGAAAGAAUUAAAUUUUUUUCAAUUGAAUUGGUUUGGUUUGAAUUCAACAAUUUUGCUUACACACAUUAACUUGGAAAUCAAAUAUCCGUGGCAGGUGCCCACUAGCUUAUUCAUAAGGGUACAAAAAAAUAGCAUCACGUAAAAGUUUCGAAUGGGUCAGGACAAAUCUUUUUCUUUUUGUACUCUAAUUUUUCAAGUCAAAAGACUCAAAACUUAUAUUAAACUCAAUAGAUGUGUCGAUUCUGAUUAAGAUCUGAAUAAAAAGUUACGGCAGUUUAGUAUUUGUUUGAGAAAUUAAAAGUUGAGGAGACAAAAUAAAUUCCUAAGUUGCAAUUUUACUCGAUUAGAUUUAUGUUGGAAAAAUUUCUCAGUGCUCAAAAUGAACAAGGAGGAUCGAAAUUUCCAGUUAAUUUGGCGGGGGGCCCAGAAACGAAAAAGAAAGCCCCUUUUCACUCCCAUUCCCGCGCUCUUCAGAUUUCUCCAUCACAAUCGACCCGCGUCGACGGAGGAAACCUUGCCGCCGCAUCUCCGGCUCCGGCGGCGCUCGCUGAGUCCCAUCCUUUCUCAGGGAGGAUACAGCGCAAAUGCAGAUUCAAUUGAAGUGUAGCUGUGGGGAUGGAAGCUGCCCUGAGUGGGCCAUCGUCGAAUUGCAAGGCGUGGUUGAGGUUCAACCGUCGUUCCAAGGUCAGCUGCAAAACCUUGAAAUUGGAAAGCUUUGCCGUCCUUCGUCACAGGAAGUCUACACUUUUACUGUUGGCUAUCAUGAAUUAACGGGUUCAAAAGUGCUGCUAAAGAAACCAUUUCUGGUUUUGAAGAAAGUAAAACUCAUGGAUGCAGAGCAAAGCUCCAAUACUGAUUCAGCCAAUUCACCGAAGGUUGAGCUAGAAGUUGUUGGCAUCAUCAGGCAUCGGAUAUUGUUCAAGACCAGGCCAAAGGCCCUCAUUUCCCGACCAGAGCCGGUUGUCAAGGCAACAGCACAUGCAUCGGGUUCAAUUGCGUCAAACUCAUCUCAAUGAUCUCAAUGAUAUGAGCAAGGGUGUUGGAGGACCUGGAGCUGGUACUUUAUUAAAAAGAGGACUUUCCAGGCUAAUUGUGGCAACAACUCUAUGCUCCCAUUGGUCUACCUGAUCUGUUUUUGGCAAAAGUUGCCAAAGUCUUUUUGAAUGUGGAAACUCUGAAACCUUUCAAACGAUGAAAGAAUGCCUUUCUACUUGUACUUGUGUUUAUGCAAGCGCUCUACUUAAGAUAUGUGUAAUUCUGGCUCUUCCAUGUUUAAAAUAACGAACUUCGGCACUUCUGGCUUCGUUGAAA